GCGCAGUAGGUGACCGCACACAGCUACUGACUUUACCCCGCAAGGGAGGUAUGCGCAAAUCAGCGCUCAUUCAAAAAAUGGAAGAUUUGCUAAUGAUCUGCAGAUAGACACCAGCCGUCUCUCUUCCUCCGCCUCCACCAUUGCCAGUGUGAAAAUACAUACUGAGGACUUAUUUACCAAAAAUAACAGCAAAUUUAUAAUACCUGUCAACUGCCUUCACCUCUCUUCCUCACCUACUCCCUUAUACACACACUGAAACCUCAUUGCCUAAAGUCUUCAGGAUGUAUCAGAGCGUUCCUGUAGCUCCUGGCGACCAGCUGACAGCUGGAGGGGCAGCUGGUUCUCCCCUGAAGAAGAAACUGGGCCGAGAUGGCCGCCCCCUGGUGAUGUCAGGCAUGUUAGGUUGUAUGUUGGUGCUGGCUGCUGUGGUCUCCUGGUGCUACUACUCAGCCUCCCUCCGUAAAGCCCAGCUGCUGAAGACCGAGCUGUUGGACCUCAACAAAGAUGGCUUUGUCAUUCGCAACCAGGCUGGGGCUGUCAUCUUCACCAUGGCCUUCAGGUCUGGCACUCUGGAUCUGGACUCAUGCUCAAAGGAGAGCAGUAUUCUGAGCUGCAGUAAGUCAGAUUCUGGCAAGCUCAACUUCUUCAUCCAGACGGUUCGGCCCAAGGACACGGUGAUGUGUUACCGAGUUCGCUGGGAGGAACUGGAACACGAGCGUCCAGUGGAACAUGCCAUGGCCUAUAACGACUCUCACUGGUAUGGAGGGGCAGAGUCUGCGACACAGCAUUGGCCUAUCAAGAACCAGGGUGAGGAGGAGCCACGUCCUUUCAUCACCAGUGAUGUCUACUCCAAUAGGAAUGCUUUCGGUGGAAUCCUUGAACGCUACUGGCUGUCGUCAAAUGCGACUGCGAUUAAGAUUAAUGACUCGGUUCCAUUUCAUCUGGGCUGGUCUGAGCAGGACAAGAAGCUCAGGUUUCAGGCACGGUACCAGGAUUCACCUUACAGACCACCAGAGGGACAGCAGGCCUUACCUGAACUCAGCUAUAGAGUGUGUGUGGGGUCUGAUGUCACCUCCAUUCACAAGUACAUGGUGCGUCGGUAUUUCCCCAAGCCCAUCAAGGUCCCUGCCCCUGAAGUGUUCGAACACCCAGUGUGGUCCACCUGGGCUCUCCACAAGACGGCCGUCACCCAGGAGAAGCUGCUGCGCUACGCCUCUGACAUCACCGAGCAUGGCUUCACCUGCUCCCAUCUGGAGCUUGACGACCGCUACACCGCAGACUAUGGGGAGUUCGACUUUGACCCACAGAAGUUCCCCAACGCCAGCGGCAUGUUUGACAAACUCAGAGAAGAUGGAUUUCAAGUAUCACUCUGGACACAUCCUUUUAUCAACUAUGAUUCAAUUAAUUUUGGUGUUGCUGUGGAAAGAGGGUUGUUUGUGAGGGAACCGGGCGGUGAGCUGCCUGCCCUUGUUCGAUGGUGGAAUGGCAUCGGCGGAAUCUUGGACUUCACCAACCCCGAAGCCCGAGAGUGGUACUCCUCACAUCUGCGCAUGCUCAAAACCCGCUAUGACGUGACCUCCUUCAAGUUUGAUGCAGGAGAGACGAGCUACCUCCCUCGAGAGUUUAGUACUCUGGUUCCUCUCGCUGACCCCUCCACGUUCACUCGCCGCUACACGGAGAUGGCCAUACCGUUCAAUGAGCGUGCAGAGCUGAGGGUAGGCUACCAGAGUCAGAACAUCUCCUGCUUCUUCAGGAUCAUAGACAGAGACUCGGUGUGGGGUUAUGAGCUGGGCCUAAAGUCCAUCAUCCCUACUGUUCUGACUAUCAGCAUCCUGGGCUACCAGUUUGUCCUGCCUGAUAUGAUUGGAGGCAAUGCGUACCCCAACCGCACGGCAGGUAACAAGGAUGGUCUGCCGGACAGAGAACUGUACAUCCGAUGGUUGGAGCUAUCUGCUUUCAUGCCUGCCAUGCAAUUCUCCAUACCACCCUGGGCCUAUGAUGAUGAGGUAGUAGAAAUAGCACAAAAGUUCACAGCGCUGCACAAGACACUGGUGGCCCCAAGGGUUCUCGAACUGGCGAGUGAAGUUCUAGAUACAGGAGACCCAAUCAUAAGGCCCCUCUGGUGGAUUGCCAAUGAUGAUGAGGCAGCCUACAAGAUUGACUCCCAGUUCCUGAUAGGGGAUGACCUGAUGGUAGCACCAGUGCUGGAGCCUGGAAAGCAGGAGAGAGACAUCUACCUGCCUGCAGGACGAUGGAGGAGCUACAAGGGGGAACACUUUGACAAGGGCCCCAUGUACCUCACUGACUACCCUGUGGACCUGGACGAGGUAGCCUUCUUUACAUGGGUACACUGAGGACAGACAAGCAUAAAGACACAUAAAUACACACAUGCAUAUGCACACUUAGAUUCUAGUGAGCACACAAGCUGAGGGAGGGCACGAGGUGUUUGUUUUUCCAGGAAAAAUGACCAUUGAGUGAUGUUGGUAAUGAUUAACCCCAUGUCUACUCUGACCCUGCUCUUGGCCCGGACUGCUACCUGUAGAUCAUACCGGUCCACCCACAGAAUCAGAGUGGAACUAGCAUUCACCUCUGAUUCUGAUUCCAUCUUUAAGCUGAUCCUCAUCCUCAUGUGCCUUCCACAGCCAAAACUGAAACUGAUCUGAGAUUGUAUCAUGACCACAGUCUUCCACCUAACGGACAUCUAGAUUACAGAUUUUUCUUCAAGAUCUGUGCCUCUCAACGAGAAUGAUUUUUGUUUUGAGGUCACUGUAAGCUGCUCUUCAUGCCGUCUUUGAAUUUUAUUUCAGGGAAGAUUUAUUGAAAUAACUGUGUGUCAUAUUUUACCAUGUGUGAGUAAAUCUGUGCCAGGUAAGGUAAAUGUUCAUGGCUUGACAGUGUUUGAGUACUGAACUGGCAAUAAAUAUGCACUCAGAGUUAGACAGUUGCACCCCCUCUCAGAGGACAUGCCAAGGUCAUGCCUAACUCUGUGUCACCAUGACAACUGCUGAAUUGAGGGAAGUUUAAGUUUAUUCUCAACUACUGAGCUUAUUUGUUGAGGACAACAAGAUUUAUUUUGCAUUACAUUGUAUUGGUAAUAUUUAACUCUUUGAUUGGAGUGUAUGUAAAUUCAUAUGUAUCCCUAUCUAGAUCAGCCAUGAGUAUCACAGUGGACAGACUGUAAAUGUUAUGUUCACCACGUUGCUUGAAUUACAGUGCCAUUGUAUCAUUUAGUGCCAAAAUCUACUGCAUCAUUCUUUUUUCCUUUGCACAGGUUGACAUCACAGCUCAGGGUAGAUUUAAAUGAAAAGCCUUUGUUUGUAUGUUCAAAUGAAAUCAUUGCAUUGCAAAAUAGUUUGUCUGUGUUUCUGGUUGACCAUGCAAAACAGGGAUUGUCCUCAAAGAUGCCAUGCAGUCAUGUUCCAUCCAUGUCUGCCUUGUUCCUUUCUUUGCCUUAUCUGCUAAACUAAGGUAUGCUAACUUAAGGACACAAGGCCAGCGGAGUGAUAAGAAACUCAUGUUUGCCCCCAGUCUGUUGCUUUAUGAAUUGCACCUCUUGAUUGCUUUGACACUGUUGAGCUAAUGAGGUGUUUUGUUCCAAAAUGAGAAGUCCACUACUUUAAAAAAUGAUGCCUGCUUUGCUGGCAUGAAAGUAAAGCACACUAUCACUUCUUAUAUAAGCUGAAUCUUCUCAAUACCUUGUUUACAAAAUUGUUAUACAGAAGCUAAAUCAGAUGUGUUUCUGAGAAAUUAACUGAUGGAUUUUGCGUAGUAAAACUAUUACAAAAUAAAUCCUUGAGUUUUGGAAUAAAGCUCCUCAUAUAUUCCUUCCUGGCAGAUGUGAAGAAAUGAAUGAAUUUAAAAAAUAAUAAUACUAGCACGGUGUUUUCACACAUGUUUUAUAAUUUGCUCUAUGCUGCAAUGUGCUGAAUGUGAAAUAUGAACUUGCUGUAGCUAUGAAUUUCAAGUGAAUGCUUUGAAUAGGAUUAUUAACGUAACUGUUCAUAUAGCUUUUGCGUCAGUAGUGUAUUAACUACAUGUUAAGCUGAGAGACUGAAAAAUUAUUUUUUUUUCUGGAAGGCAAAGGUAACUUCAGAUUGCAAAGGGAAUUAAUAAGGGAUUAUGUCAAAGCACUGAAUGGAAAGUCAAUUAAUUUAUGCUUCAUGGUGGGAGAAUUUCUAACACAACAUAGUUUGAAAGGCUACAUGGGAAAUUAACCAUAAGGUAACUGAAGUGUCUCUACUGCGAAUGAAUCUUCCUGCAUCACAGGGUGGACUGCCAAAGAAAACAACACGUAGUUGUUGCAUAUUUAAAUGUCACUGCUGAUGUGAAGACCUCAUACCUCCAUCAUUUCUACUUUCCUGGAAGUCAGAAUAGCAGCCUGUGUGGGUGUGUUAAGCUUGAUGAUAGUGCUGUUUUGAUAUUACUCACUGAAUUAGACCAUGUUAUGUUUCAACUUAAGAGAAAACAUGAAAUCACCAAAACUGGAGUUAUAAGGUUUUCACACAACAGCAAAACUCACACUUAUGAUACAAUGAAUGUAUCUUGUCCUGCACGUACAAACAUAACUGUAUUCAGCCAUUCUCAAAUUUUACAAACUAAUUCUCAACUGUACCCCUUUUGCCUUGUAAGUGACCUGUAAACUUUCUUCUUCAAUUGAUAUUUUUUUCCUAAUACUGUGACUGUUUCAUUCUCAGUGUGCCAUAUAUACACCACAUUGCCUAAUUUGUUUUUGGUUAUACUUUCACUUUCUUCAGCAUGUUAACAGAGAGUAGGCAAUACUGUAUUUGCACAGAACAUAUGGAAAUAAUUUUGAUAGGUCUAGCACCAUUCAGGCCCUCCCGUCCAAAAAUGCUACGCUCACCAAAUCUUUGUCCCACUUUCUCUUUGUGUCCAAAGUGGGAAGAGAUCAUAUUGAUUUUUGGAUGCUUUGCAUAGUGGGACACUGGCAUCAAACCAGGAAGCCUGAUAACUUUACAUGCCUCGUCCCCUUUGUUAAUCCUCAGGUUCAUCAGCCAAACACAGCUAAUUUGUUUAUUUGCUCAUGACUGGUCAAAUUUAAUUUGUGCUUUUGACCCACUUUAUAUUUAUGGCUGCGUAACUAAGCUAUAACUUGUUGUAAGUAGUCAUGUGAAACACAAAAACUGAGGAAUAAAACAUUGUAAUGGCCAUUCA